CAUGCAAAAGGCAGGUUAUCGAACACCUGACACAAUCCACGUGAAUAUCGUCAGCUGUUGUUUGUUUUGAAUCACUCGUGUUAUCAAGAAUUAUCGUAACAUCAAUGACAUUUUUUUUAUUGGGACAUAGGUACUAAAUCCGGCAUUUUGAUAGAGUUAUUUUUCAAGUCAAAAUGGGGAAAGAAAUAUUUUUUACAACCUUUGCAUUGGCCAUCCUCCAGACUUUUAAGUCUACAGUUGUUUGUGCAGAUCCACCACACAUCAUAAUCAUAGUUGCUGAUGAUCUUGGUUUUAAUGAUGUUGGAUUCCAUGGAUCUACACAGAUACCCACUCCUAAUAUAGAUGCUUUAGCAUACUCAGGUGUUAUUCUUCAGAAUUACUAUGUGCAGCCAAUAUGCACACCUUCAAGGUCAGCCCUACUAUCAGGAAAACAUCCAAUUCACACAGGUCUUAAUCAUGAUGUUAUCUAUGGUCCUCAACCUUAUGGUUUACCUCUUGGAGUUCAGUUGUUACCACAGCAUCUCCUGAAGUUGGGUUAUAAUACAAGACAUGUUGGGAAGUGGCAUCUUGGCAUGGCUAUUAAGGAACUAACUCCAACUUUUCGUGGUUUCCUUUCUCACUUUGGCUAUUGGACUGGUCAUGAAGACUAUUAUGACCACACGUCUGUUGAAUCGCCUGGUUAUUGGGGUUACGAUUUUCGUCGAAAUAUGACUGUUGCUGAUGACUGUUAUGGCAAGUAUGCAACUGACCUCUUCACUGAUGAAGCUGUCAAUAUUAUUCAGAAGCACAAUGCAUCCAAGCCUUUAUUCCUAUAUUUAGCCCACUUGGCUGUUCAUUCAGGGAAUCCAUAUGCUCCAUUACAAGCGCCUAAGGAAAUUGUUGAGAAAUUUUCUUAUAUUGAAGAUGAAAACAGAAGGAAAUUUGCAGGCAUGCUUUGGAAAUUGGACGAGUCAGUGGGUCAUGUGAUAGAUGCUUUAGAUCGCCAACAGAUGCUUCAGAAUGCAGUAAUCUUAUUCACAUCAGAUAACGGAGGCCCAGCAGGAGGAUUUAAUCUAAAUGCUGCUUCUAAUUGGCCACUUAGAGGGGUCAAGGCAUCAAUGUGGGAGGGAGGAGUACGAGGGGCAGGCUUCAUUUGGUCUCCAAAACUUCUUAAUCCAGGACGGGUUUCUCACGAGAUGUUACAUAUCACUGACUGGUUACCAACUCUUAUAUCAGCUGCUGGUGGGGAUGUAUCCAGUUUAGGGGCUAUAGAUGGUGUUGACCAGUGGAAAUCACUGUCUCUAGAAACUUCUUCUCCUCGUAAAGAGUUCUUGGUAAACAUUGAUCCAAUGCAUGAUAGUGGCGCAGUCAGAAUUGGAGAUUGGAAGCUAAUGUUCAGGCCUCAGGCUUAUGGAUCAUUUUGGGACUCUUGGUUUGGUCCUAGUGGACGUAAUGAAACCGCUCCAGAAACUCAGCUAGAUGUGAUAUUGGCUCAAGUACUGAAUUCAUCAGUAGCUCAUGCUGUGAAGAAAAUAAUCCCUGAUGCAUAUGCAAAUAUCAAAUCCUUGAGGGAAAGUGCUGAAGUUCAUUGUGAUCCAGUUCCCCUCAAUGUAACAAAGUCGUGCGAAUCCAAGGAAUCUCCCUGUCUCUUCCACAUUCCAAGUGAUCCAUGUGAAUACAAUGAUAUUGCAGCCCUUCAUCCUGAUGUUGUGAGCAUUGCAAAAAUAUUACUGGCGCAAUAUAAUGCAACUGCCAUUCCACCAGGAAACAAACCUUUUGAUCCUGCUGCUAAUCCCAAAUAUUGGGGUUAUACGUGGACAAACUGGAAAGACUAUCCCACCCCUCUUACAGCCAGUGUAGAAGAGGUAGCAUAUUCCUAUGACAUUUAUGGUGAUAUACGUACUGAUUAAAGUUUGGCUGCUAUAGUUCAGGUAACAACAGGAUGUAAUUGAUUAUGUGUUUGAGAUAAUUACCAGUGUUUUGAUAAAUUUGUUUAGCUGUUUGGAUGACAGAAAUAUGAAAAUAUGAUACUGCAAUAGUGAACCUCUGUGUAGUUUGAAUAUACAUAUCUCUUAGCUAAGGUAUGAGGGGAAGUUUGGCAUAUGUUAUCUAAGUGUAUUUUAUUAAAUAAGCAUAGGCGGGAUUAAAUUCCUAAUGUGUUUUUUAGUUGAAGAUAAUCUCCAAAGUUGUGUUUUUUUGGAAAAGUUCUGGAUUUACUAUUUCCUUUCAACUUUAACCAUUAUCAUUUCUGCUUUCAUUGAGAAUUUAAUAUAGAAUAAUUAAUUUUAAUUUAUAUUCAGGUUGAUGGGCCAUUUAAACACUCAAGUCAUUGCUUUGUAGCAUUGGUAAUAUUAUUAAUACACUGCUAGAUCUCAUAGAAAAAUAAGUAAAUUAUAAUGCUGUAUAGCCUCCUUUUUAAUAAUUUUGCCGAUAAACAAUACUUUUGUCAUUUGGAACUAGUAUACUUUGAAUGAUAGUAACAAAGUAAAAAAAGUGUGACAGGAUUGUCUAGCAAACAUUAAGAGAAUGGGUAUAGGAUCAAUGCUAAUGAAUAAAGAUAUACAGCAAAAGCAUUUUUCAUGUACAAUAUUGUAUUAAGUGAUGUUCUUUAGCAUUCUGUAAUUUCAAAUAAUAGGAUAUUUUUAGGUACCAUAGAAGUUGAUGUAACUGUAGACUCCUAGGUUACUUUUACUUAUACAGGGUGAUGUUCACUGAAGGUGAAAUCGCUACAGCAAGGCAAUAUUCAUCAUUUCAACUUUUACUAAUGCUCACUGCCCAUUUCAGCAAGGCUCUCCCUUUUUUUUUCAGUAACAACAUAAUAUGUACAGUGGUACCUUGACCUGUGAAUGAAUUAAUGUAAGAGUUUUCCAAGGUACGAGUCGUCACUCAGUCGAUUUUUUGCUUUGUUACAUGAGCAAAAAAACAGAGGUAGUAUGAGCUCGAGAUGCCCCUGCUACAUAGAUGGUGUAGUGACAAAAAUUAAGAUAAGCAAAAGAAGAAAAAGUAAAUAUGCAUCUUUUCCAUGAAUCUUUUAAAAAGUUGUAUAUUACUUCACUGUAUCCAGCAAUAUAGUAUGUAUUCUCAUAUUAUUGUAUUAUAAAAUACUAACAUAGCAGUCAAUGUUUUGGUUUGGAAAUCAGCUAAUGGUGAAUAAAAGUUUCUUUCACCUUAUUUAACUCAAUUCUGUGAGAAUUUUCUUGCUUCUAGUCAGCAUAAAGGAAUUGACUUAUAUGAGACAAGGUCAUGUUUCAUUCUGCUACAUGUUUUUAAUCGAAAUAUGAAUAACACAUCUCGUUGUGAUUGUGAACUAAAUUUUUUGUUAACGGAUUGCAUUUGCGGGCUGUUUAUUAAGUAAAAAAAUUAUGUGAUUCCAUUUGCUAUUUUCACUUUAUUCCAUUGUAAUAUGAGCUUACGUUAUCUAUUUUUUAUCAGCAUGAAAACAAUAACGUGCUCUUUUAAGCCAAGUAGUUUUGAUUAAAAUGAUUUUCCCUUAAUUUUUUCUAUGGUUGUGUUUGAUGGCAUAAGUUUACCGGAGUUUUAUCCUUGUUGCCGAUGCACAAUAAUAGUCAUUAGCAGCUUCAACAGUCUUCUCAGCUUCAGCUACAACUUGGUUUAAAUAUAACAGUAUUUUCCUUGUUGAUCUAUGAUCUAUAGCAAAUAAAGAUAUUACAUAAAAAUAUCUCAGUCCUAUUCUAUAUAACGUCAUUUAUAACAUAACUAUGGUACAGUGGUCCCCCUGUAUUCACACGGGAUGCAUUCCAGACCUCCCUGAGAAUAGUUACAACCCGUGAAUAGUAGGAACCCUGAUAAAAAUGCUUAAAAUCUCUUAUUUUGUUAGUUAAAACUCAAGAAAAACCCACUUAAAAUUUUAAUACCUGGUUUUUUUAAGUUCUAUCCCAAAAGUGCAUUUUAUGAAAAAAAAAAAUGGGGGAUAUUUCUCAUAGAAAAAUACCACAAAUAGGGGAAUUUUCUGCAAGUAAUGUGGGGAAACAUUCCAGAAAGAAACCUGCGAAUCCAUGAAUCCGGAGAACGCGAAUACAGGGGGUCCACUGUAAUUGUUUACUAUUGUACAAUGGUUGAAAUACAAGCCAAACAGAUGUUGUUGUUACCCAAUUUGGUUGUACUUGGAAAAAAAGUUGUUUCUCAUUUGGCUGUUCGUGGCUGUAUACAUUUAUGCAACGACUACAAUGUUACAACAAUACUUUCAUCAAUUAGAAGAUGCCUGCACCUGUUGCGAGCAAAAUUUAAAAAUACUUUCAAAAUAUUAUCAUAUCAUUAUUAAUUACCAACCCCAUCGUAAAAUUGGAUUAUCGUAAGAUGAAUUAUCAUAACUUGAACACUACCUGUACACUGUAUAAAACCUUAUUAUAUAUUACAUACUCUUUCUAUUAUAUUUUUAUAUAGUAUUUGUUAUUUAGAAAUGUAUUUUCCUUAUUUAAUAACUUGAAACAUAAAACAUGGGGUGGCAUUUUGAGGGUUGGAAAGGAUUAAGGGAAAAUUGAUUUGAUGUGUGAGCAGAUUGGGCUACAAGCUCGGCCACAGAACGAAUUAAACUUGUAGGUCAAGGUACCACUGCAUAUAAUUUCCCUUGACAGGUAUGUGUCAAGUUUUAAAGGGGAGUUUAGUGGUCAUUUGUAUAUCUGAACUUGGUAUGGUGAAACAAAUGUAAUUUUUGAUUGCAUUUCUGGUGGUUUUGUGUUUGUGUAAGGUGUUGUUUUUAACUACCCCUUUGGUGGUGUGUUUUUGGCAAGGUAUAUUAUUUUUAACUGCACUUCUGGUGGUGUGUUUAUGCAAGGUAAAUUUUUUCAACUGCACUCCUGUGGUGUUAAUUUGUACAAGGUAUAUUAUUUUAGUGCGUUCAGAGAACACACAAGGUUGGGUCAUUCAAAAUUACUUUUAUCAGUCACCAAUGUUUUGAAAUAUUUGGGUGCUUUUGUAGAAAAUAAUAAACAUUAUAAAUAAAACUACAUUUCUUCAAGAAAUAGUAUGUUUGUGGAAAAACCAUUAUGUGUGUACGUAUAUAUUACUUGCACAAAUUAAUUUGCUGCCAUAAUUAUUUUCUUAUGUUCAGUACAGUAAGAGUACUAUUAACUUGGCAUUUGGAAUAUUUUGGAAUGAAAAUGUUCAAGGAACUUAAAUCAGGAUAUGUUGGACAAAUUUAGAAACAUUUUUAAUUGUGCACAUAAAAUUUGUGAAAAUAUUAAACAAGUCAUUGUGAAAAUUUUAGUACCUCUCUCAUUUAAAGUACUGUAAUGCAUAAAGGGGCUUAAAAAACUUAAACUUGGAAAUAAAAUGGAGAGAGAGAAAAAAAAUUCAAAUGUAAUACAUACUGUAAAAAUUUCAAAUUGCCAACAAGUUUAUACCUGGCUCACUGACAUUAAAAUGAUUCUUAAGUGAACUGAGCACUAUUACUGAAUGUAUGCUUAAAAUAAACAACAGGAGAUUGCCUUGUAUAUUUUAUUGCAUUUUUUUUUCAAUUUUUUUUAGUAUAGUUUUAGGUUACAGUGUUUUGCAAAUCCCUUGGGCAGAGUACUCUACUUGUUUAGGUUGUUAUUAUUUUAUUGUGCUAUAGAGUAAGAUAUGAAUAGAGCAGUGUUUCUUAAACUUUCUUGUGUAGCGGACCCCUUAUUAUGAUAAUUUCCCUCUUGGGUUUUAAAAGUGUUUUCAGUACUAAAAUUGCUACUGAAUUAUUUAUUAAUGGCUUAUCUUCAACAUAAAUGUUCAUCUUUUACUUAAAAUAACUUUAACAACAUUAUUAAUUUUGCAAUUUUGCACACAAACUUUAGUGAACUUAACAGCAACGCUUCCUCCUCACAUUAUCCCGAGGACCCCUUGGAACAUUCCAUGGACCCCUGGGGGUGUGUGGACCACACUUUAAGAAAAACUGGCAUAUAAUAAGAGAGUACAUUCUUUAAAAAAACCAUUAAGCAUUUUUAGUUAUAUUUUCAUAGCAUUGAUGUCUUGCAAAUCAUAACACUGUACUACAUUCUAUAUAAAGGUGAUGGGUCUUUUAAUGGCAUACAUACUUUAUUUUACAUGAAGAGAGUAAGGUCACUUGUAUUGUAGCAAUGUACAAGGACCUGAAAAUUCACUGCACUGAACAACUGGCAUUAUGUGGCGUGGUCACACUUUCACUCGCAAACACACACCCACAGUGCAGAUGAUUUUCAGUGUGCAUAUUCUGAUAUAUACAUGAUUUUUGUUGGGAUUCUAUGGGUGUGUAAAAGAUGGAUUAAUAGUAGAGUACUGUAAACAUUCUAUAUAUAUGUAGUAUGUACUGUAGACAUUCUAUAUAUAACUAGUUAUUUUAUGUGUACAAUACCUAAUACUAUGUUUAGGUUACAAGUGAACGGCAUUUCGUAGAGCUUAUGGUAUUAGGGAAAGAUGUCUGAUGUAUUUACUGUACUUUCACUAUUUUUUAUGUAUUUACUAUUUCCACUAUCAUUUUAUGAAGUUUAUUUAUGCUUGGGACUUGGCAAAUGUCUGCAUAUUUAAUUAUAUGUAUAUAGGACAAUAUUCGCUGCAUUUGUGAAAUUUUUAUGAUACUUUUGGUCAUUCAUUUGGCUAUCUUUGCAGUGUUUGGGUUCCAUCUAUUCCAAGUUAUUAUGGUCUUUUUGUAGUAUAGGAAUAUUUUUAAUGAAACCUAUUAUGUUAAAUGAUUUCUAUAUACUACCCUAGAUUCAGGUGUUAAUUCUUCCAUCUUUGCUCAUAAAUAGGUUUUACCUUCAGUAACUUUUCAUUUAUGGUAAUUUUUUGUUAUUGAAAAGGUAUUCAAAUAUUUUCAUAUUAUAAAUUAUUUUUUAUAACGUCAGAAUAUGAAAGAAAAUGUACCUAAAUUUAAAAAGGCAUUUACAAAAUGUAUUUGAUGGUUGUUAUACUAAUGAUUAAAAUAUAUAGUACUUUAUUACAA